GGGAAACGGAAAGGGUUGUUGACCCGGCUGCAUGCUAGACCCUGUCCUUGUUUCUUCUGUGGCAAGUCCAAACCAUGACGCAAGAGUGUUGCGUCAUGAAGUGCCAGCAUCGUCCACACGAACAAUCGGGGAAUAAAAAGGAUGGGGUGAGAUGUUUCUCCUUUCCAACGUGGAAGCAAAGCCAAGGAGCUGUGAUCUGUGAGCUAACAAAGAGACGCCGAAUGGCCUGGAUAGCAGCCGUGAGACGACCAAACAUCACUUUCAACACCAUCACCCAAGACUUGGUGGUGUGUUCACGGCAUUUUCACACUGGGAGACCAGCUAAUGAAAUGGAUGAAAGCCAUCCAGACUGGGCACCCUCAUUACAUCUCGGACACACGGAGGUGGAAGCUGGAGAUAACCAGAGACUACACAUAACAUUGGACCAGGAGGACAAGCGACUACAACUGGAAUCUGAUGGAAAGACUCAAGUUGUGCUCCACAUCGAAGACACCCAGCAUCAAGAAGAAGAUCCCCCUCGGCGGCUGGGGGGGAACUUCACUUUGGAGCAAGAGGAGCCACAGCAUAUUCAAGAGGAAGAAGAAGAAGAAGAAGAGGAGGAGGUGCCACAGUCCCCAUGUGUUAAAGAGGAGCAAGAGCCCACCCACAUUAAAGAAGAGGAGCAGCCACAGCCCUCCUAUGUUAAAGAGGAAGAGGAAGAACUCUCAAUCACAUGGGAAGGAGAGCAUCUUCUCGUGCCAGAGGAGGCCGAUCUCACCAGGUUGCCACUGACCGGUGUCUCUGUGAAGACCGACGACCAUGAAGACAAACCACCUGAGUCCUCACAGCUUCAUCAUAGUCCAAGUGAGGAGAUGAGAGAGGCGGAGCCUUCAUGCAGCAGCUCACUGCAACACAUGACAACAGAAGCUGAUGGAGACCACUGUGGAGGAUCACGAGCAGACAACCUCUUAGCUCCACUGUCAGAUAGCGACGACGCAACGUCACGCUCUCCCGAAGACGAAGACAACCAAGAAUCUCUGAGCAGCGAUACGGACUGUGAAAGCGAUGGGAUGACUCACGCUGACAAGAAACAAAAAACGACAGGUAAAAAACGUUUUAUGUGCUCGGUUUGCGAUAAAAGAUUGUCUUCGAAGAGCAAUUUGACACGACACAUGAGAAUACACACAGGAGAGAAACCUUUUAGCUGCUCAGACUGUGGUAAAAGUUUUACUGAAAAGGCAAGUAUGAUAUCACACAUGCUAGCCCACACGGGAGAAAAACCUUUUAGUUGCUCAGAUUGCGGGAAAAGCUUCACUCAAAAUAAAGGCCUGCAAAGACACAGGAGAGCGCAUACAGGAGAGAAUCUUUUAAUUUGCUCAGACUGCGGUAAAAGCUUCACUCAAAACACAGCCCUGCAAUUACACAUGAGAACGCACACGGGAGAAAAACCUUUCAGUUGCUCAGACUGCGGUAAAAGCUUCACUCAAAACAGAGCCCUGCAAUUACACAUGAGAACGCAUACAGGUGAAAAACCUUUCAGUUGCUCCGACUGCGGUAAAACCUUCACCCGAAAGAAAGGCCUUCAAAGUCACAUGAGAAUGCACACAGGAGAGAGACCGUAUACUUGCUUACAUUGCGGUAAAGGCUUCACUAUAAAGAAAGUGAUGAAAUUUCACAUGAGAACGCACACUGGAGAAAAACCUUUCAGUUGCUCGGACUGCGGGAAAUGUUUUACUCUUAAGACAGCCAUGCAAAGACACAUGAAGAUACAUACGGGAGAAAAACCUUUUAGUUGUUCAAACUGUGGCAAAAGCUUCAUUCAAAAGUCGGACUUGGCAUUGCAUAUGAGAAUGCACACAGGAGAAAAACCUUUUAGUUGCUCGGCCUGCGGUAAAUGCUUCCUUCAGAAGCAGCGCAUGCAAAUACACAUGAGGAGACACACGGGAGAAAAACCUUAUAGUUGCUCAAACUGCGGGAAAAGUUUCUUUCGAAAGCAACACAUGCAAAGACACAUGAAAACGCAUAUAGGAUAAAAACGUUUUUUUUUGGUCAACUGUUUUAAAAGUUCACCAAAUGAUAUUUUUAUCACAUAUGAAAACACAGGUAAAAAAAAAAAAAGUUGGUUCCUCUGAAGUCCUCUUUGAAUAGCCACAUGCAGAGUCACCGAAUGUUUACCGUAGUUAAAGCUAUUUUACUUCAAUAUUAUAACCGAUGAAGCCACUUCCUGUUUGAUGACGUCCACAGUUGGUCUGGUAAGAAGUGAUAUCAUUCCUGAAUGAGUCACCCAUUAAAGUGAAUGAGGUACUUGAAUCUCCCGUCACAGGGCGCAUGACUUGAUUUUAUAUUUUAUUGUGGACACUGAAUGCAACACCUGAUUGAUGUGUCAAUGUGCCAAUAUCUUAUUAUUAUUAUUAUUAAUAAUUUCCAAGGUAUCCGUGAGAGCAGGGGUGUCCAAACUUUUUCCACUGAAGGCCUCAUAUCGUCAUGUCUGUGAUUUUAUUAUUUGUACUACUGGAUAGUAGAAGGCAUUAUGUGUACACGAGUAAUUGUUUGGGGGAAGUUACUGGAAGGAAGUAACAGUCUACCCAUUGGGAAAUGUUUGAGCACUGUAAUUGUAAUGGAUUAGAUUUUAAUGCAUUGUGAAAUAAAUC